AUGGAGAGGCAAAACUCGUCAUCUCAUCCGAUAAUUCCGUCAGGUUUCGCCAACUCAAGCUUUGCAUCAACGUUCACAGGAAUAACAUCACCAGCUGGCAAUGUAUCAAAUCCCUUGCUCAUGUCAACGUUGCAUCAUCUUCAAGGAUUGUCCGCCGCAGGCAGUGCAGCAGCGUUACUCCCAAGUACUCCACAGUUAACGCUCGGCGGACAGUUCGCUUCUGAGUUCAAUAAUAUCGCCACUAUGGGCUGGCCUGCACAAAACGCUAGUGCUGCUUGGUUUGAACAGGCAAAAGUGGCUGCGAUGUUGCCAAUGUACGGCGUAUUGUCAGCUGGUGGUGUCAAAUCCGGGUAUGUCUCGUUGCAUUCAAUUUCUCCUAAUUAUGAAAUGACGGCACCAGUUGAUGCGAAUGCUUUAACACCACCAAUGCGUUCUACAUCAGGCUCAUCGCAAAGCGUCAAUGCAUCCGCUCUCCUAUCGAACACAUGUCCAGUCUCAAUUUCUAGUGGUGUCUUUCCAAUAAACUCAGGAGGAAAUUUUAUGAAUAAUUUACAAGAAUGUAGCCCAAGAGAACAACAGCAAUCAAGUGAGGUGUCAUUAGGAGUAUCAUCGGCAACACCGCAGCGAAUGCAGCAAUCAAGCGCACUCUCAUUGAAAAAAUCCAUCUCAUCGUCACCAAUUGAUGCAAAUAUGCAGAUGUCAUCCAGCGGCAUCACCGUGGUGGAUAUGACUCGUCCGAGUUCGAUUCAAAGCCAUACUUCGUCUGAGAUCAUACGACCAGGUUCCUCCUCAGCAGUCUCAUCACAUGGUGCACCAAGUUCAGUUGUUUCGAUCCAUUCCAACAUUGGUUCUGUUGAAUGCCCAGUGGCUAGUGCUAUUCAUCAACCAGCAUCCGUUUCUGCUCUAAACUCCAUAGAGAUCACUGGUGUGACCACUGCUAGCGUUCGACCAAAUUCACUGCAGAGUGCGAGUUGCGCGUAUCAAAUUGUUGAUUUGCAUAACAAUCCGUCUCACUCACAUCCGGCAUCGGUUGAGACUUCCUCUUCGUCAAUACCAACUCCAGGCUCUCAAGGAAGUGUAGCUGCGGUACAACAGCAACAGCAAAUAUCAGCUUAUGACCUAACAGCAGCGAAUCAACACAUGUCUGCGAUGCAUGUUGAACCGUCCUCUUCAUCAUUACUGAGCACAUCAGGCGAUGUGGUGAAUGCUCCAACAACAUCCACUGACAUCGUUCAGGAUUUCACGCUCGCGCACGAUCAGCAAACUCCUGGAUCGUCACAUGAGAACGCACUGGACGCUGGUAAUUUGGAGGAUUUGCCGUGGUCGAGUAUUGACUUGGGUGAUAUAGAUCUAUUCGGUGUUGCAUCUGCAGCCGAUAAAGAUGUGAUGCACUCAGUGCUCGAUAUGGACCCGUCGAUUAUGAAUCGUCUCUUCAGUAAUGAUCCCCCUCAAUCCUCUUUCUCCACCACAGCUGACACCAAUACGAAAGCUGCACAAAGAACGCCACCAUCGAGCUGUGUUCCACCAGUUGUGCAAAUGGUGACACCAAAAAUUCGCGAAAAAAUAAAAAUGCGUCGUGAAAAAGAAUUGGCUGAUGCGGACAAAGAGCUCGACCGAUUACUAUCGCUGGUGGCCAAAAAGGAUGCGAAAUCAACACCAAAACCAAAGAUUCCACCAUCGCUGCCCCUGUUUGAUCCGUUAUUAUUUGUUAAACCGGAAGAAAAUUCAAGCGAUAAGAAAAUAAGUCUCAGUCCGGUUCAGUUUACUCCACCAGAUUCGCCAACACCGUCAACCUCAUCAACAAGCAUUGUCACGUCUUCUUUUUUCUUUCCCACCUCGCAACCGUCAACAUCUUCUGCGUAUCGAACCACAACGAAUGUUGCUGUACAAAGACCUGAGCCAUCUCCUUCGGUCACUCCAUAUGUCUUCAUGCCUACGGUUGAUAAGAAACCAAAGUGCAAUAAAAUUCCCAUCUAUAAACAAAAAUCGAAAACGUUCGUGUGCACCACUCCCAAAUCAGAGGAUCCACCUGCAAAAAGUGCAGCCGAUGACGCUUAUAGUUUCACUGACGACGAAGAGGAGGGAGCGUUACCGUCCGGUGCAACCAUGUCAGAAUCGCAGUUGAAAGAGCAGAGGUUAGAAGCUGAAGUGGCACAGAAGUUGGCGAGGAUUAACAGCGUUCAUCCGGAGCUCAAACAUAAAAUUGCUUGUCUUGAAGCUCAGAGCCAACAGGAUCUAUGGAGGCACGUUGUACCGAAGAAACGACACACGGCUGCAGUUGCCGAAAGACCGUGUGUUCCGUCUACUCCCUUAUUACCACCCGCUUCUGCGUCCGAUCAGCGUGCGGAUACUGCUGGCACUUCAGCUCAAAAAGCUCCCGAAGUGUUGACGUUAGCCGAAUCCUUACAGCGCCGGAAGCAGUAUCGUUCGUCGUACGGAUUUUUGAAAACAAAAUGUCUUGAUGACAAAAACACUGCAAAAAAUGAAUGUAGCGAACAGCCAUCUGUAAUUAGCAUUAAAGUGGAACCUCAAGAGGAAUAUAAACCAGACAACGGUCUGUUGCCACAAUAUCGACCGUUACCAAAACUGUUGAUUCGUCUUCCAAAACGAUCGCUUCAAGAGUCUCCGUCUCGUUCCGAGAAAUCGAAAAAGAAAAAGAAAAGGAAGCGUAAAGAUCGUGAUCGGGAAUGGGAGGGAUCUGAGAAGAAGAGGAAGAAGAAAAAGCAUAAACAUAAACAUCACAAACGUGAACACGAAUAUGAGGCGCGUGUUAUUACGGUUGACGAUGAGCAAUGGCGCAAUGCGGAGCCGAUCAAUCGACCAGCUGAGAUGGCUAUAUUCAGCAAGAAACGUCGAUUGAUGAUGCAGUGGAAUGAUGAUGAAGAGCAUUAUGUUGAACCAGGUUCACGACAAGACGAUACUUGUCGGCGAUAUUCAAGUACGCUUCUUAAUGAAUGUGAACGUAGGGGUUCAUUGAAUGAUAGUACUGAAUGGAGUCUACCUACCAAAUUCAGUCAGGCUAACGGACACUUAACGAAAGGCACAUUCGUGGUAUGCAAAGCAGAUAUUCUCAAAGAAGAAUGUCCUUUAUGGCGAGUCGACAAUCAGAAUCUGCUGCAAAAGUAUCCACCCAUUAAAAUGGACAACAAAAUUGCUUACAAAAAUAGUUCGACGUAUUCUGGUUGGUGUGAUCAAAUCGCCGAUGGCUAUUUGGUUGUGGAAGUUCGUUUUUUAAAGCAUACUCGAUCGGAAUCUAUUGUUGAACCACAUCUACCACUCUUCGAUAUGUUCCCAGCAGUCAGCUCAGAAGUUGAUGAAAAGACCUCACAAUGUAGUGAUGUAGAAAACGGCAUCGCCACAUCGAGUAGCAAUAGCGGAGUGGAAGUGUCAUUGAAAGAUCCUAUUCGUGAUCAAAUGAGCACGUAUGUAAGGGCAAUGCUCAAUCACGGACUCAGUCUUUCCUUCUUACAAUCCGUAAAACAGGGCAAUGAUUGGAACUAUCUGCGUGCUUUGAACGAUAUUGAUAGGUUGAAUCAAGAUCGAAAAGAGAAAGUAUUGUCACGAGUGAAAUGGGUCGAAAGAUACAUUGAUAUGUUGCAUUUCUAUUCGAGUUGUGUUGCGUGUGAUGCUGAAGGAGGCGGUCUUAAUUGUCAGGCAUGUGGCAAACGACCAGUUGAACGUGUUGUACAGUUAUUUUCGAAUGAAGGUUACGAUUACGAUACAUUGGAGUCAGAAGAAAUGCGCUAUACGGGAUCUGGUUCGCCGAUGCCAGCAAUGGAAUAUUUGGUAUGUUCAUUGUGUGCAAAGUUGUCAUUAACUUACCACAAAUUGCAUCAUAUGCGCUAUUUAUUGCUGAAAAAAUGCGAAGACCAGGUGAUUGAUUUAUUUUGUUGUGCCUUAUUUAUUGCACUAUCACCAGUGAAUUUUUGUCAGACUCUAAGUGCCGAUUAUUUUAUUCACGCUGAUGAUCUUAAGGAUCAAGAUGCAGUUGUUGAGAAUUGUAUGAGGAACACAAAGUGGUUGCAUGCGACUAUUAACGAAUACGCUGAUCUAUGGAGAAAAAUUGAGUUGAACGACUGCUGA